GUGGUUUUUUCCUGUUUUGUCUCUCCCCCACAAAACAACUCUAAUCACCUUUUUAAACGCAACAACCUCUUCCUACGCAUAUCACAUUACCUUAACACAACACAAAUCCCACCCUCUUCCUCUCAUUCUCUCACCUCCAUCUCCUUUUUCUUUUCUUUUCUCUCUCUCUUCCGCACCAAAUAGAGGAGAAAGAGAGAGAAAAAGAGAAGCGACUGUAAUUUGGAGAUGGCAGGUGUUUGCAAGCAUUCCUUGGGAUUGGGAGUUAUGGCCAUGGUUGCCACUCUCAUUCUUGCUCUUUCAAUGCCUGCUGCUGUUCAGGCUCAAACUGCAGCCCCUGCACUUGCCCCUUCCAGUGACGGUUCGUCUAUCGAUCAAGGGAUAGCAUAUACUCUGAUGUUGCUGGCUCUGGUACUCACAUACAUCAUCCACUCGGCCUAAAUUUCCUCCAACUUCUGAAUUAGGAGCAGAAAGCUGUGUUGUGUUCGUUAUGAUUAACGAGUAGGGAGAGAAGUGAGGAAUGUAAUGCUGGUGUGAGUUAGAAGAGUAGGUGUUUUGUUUAUUCAUGUUGGGCCAUUUAGUGGCUAGUGUUUGCAGUCGGAACAGAUUUCAGACUGCUUAUGGUUUUCUCUUGGUAAUAUAAUGGUUGUCUUGCUUUUGGCAUAAUCA